CGUUUCUAAUCCCUCCCCCAACCACCGUGUUGCUGGCUGUCUAGAGCCCGAGCUGGCUUCCCGCUGUUAGUUGUAGAUCCUUGUUUCCCUAAUGUUGUCAAAACGUAUCAUCGCCGUCGCGCGGGGCCGCGGGCUGUCUGGUGCGCGGGGUGCAGGCGCGGUGCUGUCGAAGAACUGGGAUGCUGCGAGCACGUAUGCCAGGCGUGCGCAGUUCCACUCUUCGCGUUUAUUGCAAGCCGAAACGGUAAAGGUUCCCCAAAUGGCAGAGUCAAUAUCGGAGGGAACCCUCAGGACGUUUCACAAGAAACCCGGAGACCACGUAGAGGCAGACGAGGAGGUCGCAACCAUCGAGACUGACAAGAUUGAUGUCUCGGUCAACGCUCCCGCUGCUGGUACCAUCACCGAGCUCCUUGCGAACGAGGAGGACACCGUCGCCGUCGGCCAGGAUCUCUUCCGUUACGAGCCUGGUGAGGGUGGAGCGGUGCCCAAGUCCGGAGAGACGCCCAAGGAUGCAAAGUCGUCGGAAUCCGCGGAAGAGCUGCCCAAGGAGAAGACGGACCAGGCAGAGCCGGCAGAGCAGCAAGUGGACAAGAAACUGCCGGAGGCCCCAGAGCCUUCGCAGGCUGACAAGGGCGGAGGAGGAGUGAAGCCCGGUCAGGGCGAGGGCAAGAAGGAGGUUUCGUCAGGAAAGGAUAUCGACAAGGCCGCGGCAGCUGGGCCCAAGACGGGACAGGCUGAGAAGAAGCCUGAGAAGAAGGAGCCUGUUGUCCAGCCUCCCAAGGUUGCGGGUUCCAGGAACGAGACGAGGGUGAAGAUGAACCGCAUGCGGCUGCGCAUCGCGGAGCGAUUGAAGGAGUCGCAGAACGCUGCGGCGUCGCUGACGACGUUUAACGAGAUCGACAUGUUCUCACUGAUGGACAUGCGGAAGAAGUACAAGGACGAGGUGCUCAAGGUGCACGAAGUCAAGCUUGGCUUCAUGAGCGCGUUCGCCAAGGCGUCGUGUCUCGCGCUGAAGGAGAUCCCGGCUGCUAAUGCUUCUAUCGAGGGCGAUGAAAUCGUCUACCGUGAUUAUGUGGACCUCAGUGUUGCUGUUGCCACGCCCAAAGGUCUCGUUACUCCCGUCGUGCGGAAUGCGGAAAGCAUGAACUUUGUGGAGAUCGAGAGGGAAAUCGCGAACUUGGGCAAGAAAGCUCGCGAUGGCAAACUGACACUCGAGGACAUGGCUGGCGGUACCUUCACCAUCUCUAAUGGUGGCGUCUUCGGCUCCCUGUACGGUACCCCGAUCAUCAACCUCCCUCAGUCCGCUGUUCUGGGUAUGCAUGCGAUCAAGGAUCGUCCUGUGGUAGUCGACGGACAGAUUGUUAUCCGCCCCGUCAUGGUUGUCGCGCUGACGUACGAUCAUCGCUUGCUCGACGGACGGGAGGCUGUCACAUUCCUCGUCAAGCUGAAGGAGUACCUCGAGGACCCCAGGAAGAUGCUCUUGGCUUGAUCGGGAGCGGGAGUGUCGGUAUCAAGACUGGGAAACAAGUCGAGCUCGAGGAGCGAUCGUGGCGAGCGAUAAUAGCGGUGCGAAUGGUAAUAAGGGUGUGUUAUUCGUGCUUGUAUUCCUCAUUACAGUUUCCUCUAUGGACGUAUAUAAUCCAAACCUUCUGCAGAGAUAAGGGUCCAGUUUCACCGGAGCAUCUGGAUGAGAGAGUGGCUCGGGACUGUGAAGUGUCAUC